AUGCGUCACGAGGACGUGGCGGUGACAUUCUCCACUGGACGAGAACGGCCUCAUAUGGUCCUAGAGAUCAAACCUCUCAAGACCAAACGUUACAGAGGAAAGAAAAAGCUGAACUCGACAUUGGGAAUCCCCGAGAUUCCCAGUGAGCCAUGCCGUUUGCUUUACACGAAGACACUCUUACUGGGCCUCCUGCUGUGCAAACUGGCUUUCCAACACGUUCACGUCAGUUCUGCAAGAUAG